GAGAGUGUGCCAUGGGGCUUUUAUUCAGCCGUAUCCUGCAUGCCUUGCAGGGUUUCUACGGGAUGGAGGCUCGUAUCCUCCUCCUGGGCUUGGACGCUGCAGGAAAAACAACUCUCCUCUAUCGGCUGAAGCUGAACGAAACUGUUACGACUAUCCCCACCGUGGGCUUCAACGUGGAGACGAUCCAGCCCAUCAACAAUGUCACUUUCACCAUGUGGGAUGUUGGCGGUCAAGACCGGAUCAGGGCGCUUUGGAAACAUUACUAUACCAACACAGAUGGGCUGGUAUUCAUGGUGGACAGCGUGGACAGCAGUCGCUUUGAGGAGGCCCGGUCAGAGCUGGAGGCCCUACUGGGUGCUGCCCUGAUGCCAGGAGUGCCCGUGGUGCUGCUUGCCAACAAGCAAGACUUGCCUGGAGCCUGGCCCCCCACGCAGGUGGCUGAAGAGAUGGGCCUGAGGAAGCUGCAAGGGAAUCGGUGGCACGUGCAGGGCUGCUGCGCUGUGAGUGGGGAAGGGAUCCCCGAGGCCAUGAUGAAGUUGUCCGAAAUGGUCAAGCAGUUUCGCAAAGCCCGAGGUAUGUAAUCAGCUAAAGCCAAACUUCCUCUUGCAUGGCAGACUUCAGCAUUCCUGCCUAUCACUGAUCAUCUGAACUGGCUGCAAUUCUCGGGCUGCUUAAUCUGCAUAAAGUCUACAGGACUUUUAUCUGCCACAAAAGCAGAUGCCACUGUGGGACACGUGAGAAAAUGAACAUGAUUGUCUCAAGUGUUCUGUGGACAUAGCUACACAGUGCCACCUGGAGCUUCUUUCUUCACCACUUGCAGAUGGAAAACCAAGCUGAGGACUUCAAAACUUUAUCAGAACAAUUAACCCUGGACUCUUGAUUACAUUGAUCCAGUUCUUUCCUUGUAAAAGUCUGAUUAAUUAUCUGUCACUGAUAGUUCCAUCCAGAUAGCUGGAAGGGCUUAAUAAUAAAAGCU